AUAAAUUUUCUUCAACCAGUUUCUUUAUUUCUAUUUAUAGUCAUAAACUCUCCUCUCCCUCAUGUUCUUGGUUGGUCACUAAAUUCAACAUCCAUGCCUUAGCUAGCUUAGUUUCAGUACUACCUUUACCCAUACACUUCCCGAUCCUGGGGAUUAUGUCACCUUACCAUGUCUCCGUCCUGGUCUCCAUCUUGAUUUUCUCAGUUGCUGUGCUGCUAUACACAGCCGAAGCAUCGUCCUCGGCUCGUAAAUUCAUGCAAGCACCGAAACUCGCUGAUAAAUGGAACAUCACGAGAAGACAACUCGAAGGGUCGACGACAGGGCAGUGCAGGACGGGGAACCCCAUCGACGACUGUUGGAGGUGCGAUCCCGAAUGGGAAUCGAACCGGAAAAUCCUGGCAGACUGUGUGAUCGGGUUUGGGCGGAACGCUGUGGGAGGCCGAGAUGGGAAGAUCUACACCGUCACUGAUCCCGAUGAUGACCCUGUGAACCCCACCCCGGGCACUCUGAGGUAUGGUGCCACAAGGGAUGAACCUCUAUGGAUCAUCUUCGACCAUGACAUGGUCAUCAACCUUAAGCAGGAACUGCUCUUGAACUCGUACAAGACCAUAGACGGAAGAGGGCGCAACAUACAAAUAUCCGACGGGCCGUGCAUCGCCAUCCAGAAUGUUACGAAUAUCAUUAUACAUAAUGUGUACAUACAUGAUUGCGUUCCCGCGGGGAACGCCCCUGUUAGGAGCUCCCAGGAGCACGUGGGGAUGCGGGGCAGAUCCGAUGGCGAUGGUAUAUCUAUAUUUGCAGCCAGGGAGAUCUGGAUCGACCACUGCACCCUGGCAAACUGCCGAGAUGGGCUCAUUGACGCGGUGUUCGGGUCCACAGCCAUCACGAUCUCGAACAACUACAUGCUGCACCACAACGAGGUCAUGCUGAUGGGUCACAGCGACGAUUUCGUCCAGGACAAAGCCAUGCAGGUGACCAUCGCAUUCAACUUCUUCGGGGAAGGCCUAAUUCAGAGGAUGCCUAGGUGCAGGCACGGGUACUUCCACAUUGUAAAUAAUGUAUAUACUGGUUGGGAGAUGUAUGCAAUAGGUGGAAGCGCGAAUCCGACUAUCAACAGCCAGGGGAACGUCUUCAUUGCGUCGGAUAACGAACAUUUGAAAGAGGUGACUAAGAGGGAGAGCGCGGGAUCUGACGAGUGGAAGGACUGGAACUGGAGAUCGGACCGGGACCUGAUGCUGAACGGUGCCUACUUUACACCAUCAGGACAAGAAACUGCCUCGAGUUAUCUCAAAGCGUCAAGCAUGGUCGCAAGACCUGCUUCUCUCUUUGCGACUACUAACCCGACCGCUGGUGCUCUCGAUUGUCAGAUUAGCGAAAAAUGCUGAUAUAGCACCCCGCAAAGCCAACAAAAGUUUUCUCUUCCCCAUUCUGAUGGGAAUGUAUUUCUGCUGGUUCCGUCUUGUAUUCAAAUGAAGUAAAAUUGUUUAAUUUUUACGUUCGACGCC